AUGUUGUUGUUCUUGGAGUGUUUUGUUGUUUUGUUGAUGGCCCUUUAUUGGGCUACCACAUGUAACAAAGAAUUCGAUAAAAUUCCUGGACCACCGGGAUUCUUCCUACUUCAUAAUACUUUAGACUUUUUGAUGGAUCCAGUUAAAAUGUUCUACUACUUCAGAAAAUUGUGUAACCAAUACAAGAGACUGUUUAGAUUAAAAAUAGGUCCUGUGAAAGUUAUUAUUUUACAUAAUCCAGAAGACAUAGAGACCGUAGUCACCGGUACAACAUACAAUACCAAAGGAUUUGUAUAUGACUUCAUUGAACCAUGGCUAAAAGAAGGGCUACUUACAAGCAAAGGUUCAAAAUGGCAUCAACGGCGAAAGUUGUUAACGCCUGCUUUUCAUUUAAAUGUACUUACAAACUUCAAAUCAGCUAUUGAAGAGAACUGUCAAAAAUUUGUAGAAAAUCUUAAAAGAGAAAUUAGUAGUCCCAAAACAGAUAUUGCUCCAUAUGUGAAUGAUUUCGCUCUAAAUUCUAUAUGUGAAACUGCAAUGGGAACUAGACUAGACGAAGAAGACAACAGUUUUGGAAAAAUGUACAAAAAUGCUAUUUAUGAAUUAGGACAGUUUGCUGUGUAUCGAGCGCAAAGAAUAUGGAUGUAUCCAAAUUUUAUUUUUAAAUUUACCAGUAUAGGACAAAAACAAGAAAAUAUAUUAAAAAUAUUGACUUCGUUCCGAGAUCGAGUAAUCGAAAAUAGACGAAACUACUAUAAUAACGUUAACAAUAACUUUGUUGAAGAUCUCUACGACAAAGAUAAUAAUGAAGUAGAGUUUGGUGGGAAAAAGAGAAUGGCUUUGCUAGAUCUACUUUUAAAAGCUGAAAAGGAUGGUGUUAUUGAUGCAAAAGGAAUAGGGGAAGAAGUUGAUACAUUCAUGUUUGGAGGUCACGACACAUCGGCCAAUACUCUACAGUUUACAAUGAUGUUAUUGGCUAAUAACGAAUAUGCACAGGAAAAGGUAGUGAAGGAAUGCAAUGAUAUAUUUGGAUCUUCGGAUCGCUCUGCAACGAUGGCAGAUUUGGCGCAGAUGAAGUAUUUGGAGUGCUGUAUCAAGGAAAGUUUAAGGCUUUUCCCGCCAUUGCCUGUCAUUACUAGGAAAAAUGAAAAUAGAAACUACGAAAUACCUGCGGGGACAGAAUGUGCCAUUUUGAUAUUUGAUUUGCACCGAAGUGCCGACCAGUUUAUUGAACCUCACUCGUUCCAACCCGAAAGAUUUCAGACAGAACCUACUUGGCAUCCUUAUGCAUAUAUCCCUUUUAGUGCGGGACCCAGGCGCUGUAUCGGACAAAAAUUUGCAAUGAUGGAACUCAAGCUGGCUUUAUCAGCUGUGCUGCGUCGCUACAGACUGCUGCCCGUCACCAAACCAAAUGACAUCAUCUUUGUUACGGACUACGUCCUACGAGUGAAGGAACCCAUUUACGUGAAGUUAGAAGAACGAUGUAUAUGA